CCGCAGGAGGCGGCAAAAUCUUUUCCCCGAGCGUCGUCUUCUGAACUACGACUGAAGGGACAGGUGUGUUACAAGGGCAACGGAGGCAGACUGGAUGGAUGACGAGUGCUUGAUUCAAACAGCCGGACUGGAUUUGUUUACCUCGUUUUAAGGAGAAAAAACAAAACAAAACAAAACACCUUGAUAAAUCUCCAACUAUCUGCAGAAGGGGUUCCUGGGCUCUUAUUACAGAAGCUGAAAGCAAGCUAGCUCUUGUUUAAAAGGAAGAGUGAGACACCCGAUGGACUCUAGGGCCUUCUAAUUAGCUGAGGUGGCAGGUGCUAUUAGUGGUUUUAUUUGGUUCGCCUGUUCUUUGUGUUUAUGGUAGCUUUGCUAAUUUUAGUAAGGUAUGCUGGCUGUAACCGACUAGCGCUGUAGCAAGCAAAGUCUUCCUCCUGUUGGUUUUUCAGCAUCUUUCUAAUUGGAGAUGUUAGAUUGCUAUCCUGGGGCCCCACUUAAACAUUUCAUAUAAAAGCGUGAUCAAAUUAUGUUGUGUAUGGUUGGCAGCGGUGUGUGUUGCUCCCUAUAAUCACUUCUUGUAGUGUGAUCAGUAGUAUUUCAAGUAUCUCUAUGUCUGCAGACUGCAGCUGAAAAUCUCUGUUCUGGUUCAUGUACGGCCGUCUCUGGCUCACAGGCUAGAAAUCAGUGAAGGCGGUUUUAUGUUAGACUUGUUUCCAGUUCUUUCAACAUCAGCAUAAAGGCCAGAGUUCGAAUGCAAAUCAGUGUGCACGCACUAUCAUUAGUCAAAUGUGAAAAGGCAUCUCUUUCUUUUUGUGCAAAUCUAUGUACACUGCUCUGCUAGGAAGCUAGAUUUGAGAUUAAAAAUACUUAGCUCAAACCGCUUGAGAGGAAAUGUGUUGGUGAUGUUGGUGAAAAGUAAAAGUCCUUUAAGGGUAUGACCAUAUUUCAGAGGAAUUCUGCCUGUAAAUGACUGAAGUUGAGACUCAGGAGUACUGUAAUUUUUAGGUUUGGGUUAUAACAGAUGUCAGAAAAUCUCUGAAUAACAAGAAGGGCAGGAUAGUCUCUGUUUCAUUACUUAAACAAGACCCUAAUCAGAGAGAUGUUACUGGUGUUUCUUGUAACUUUAACUGUACCAGCCAGUCAUGUAGCAGACAGCUGCAAAAUGGGACAGAGCAAAAUAACUUUAUCUGUUAGUAGUGCAUAUAAACUAUGUUGGGCCUUUAUUUAGUUCUGAGCAAGUCUAUGCUUUUUUUGACUGUAGAGACUGUCUGUCUUCUCUUCUUCACUGCCAUUACCUUUGGUAGGGUGUUUUAUUUUGCCUUAAUAUAAAUCAUACUUUCAGAUUUGGAUAUGGAGUGUUCUUGUGGGCCUGCCACAGGAGAUCAGAACAAAUGCUGGACUUGUAACAAGUAGAGCAAAAAUGUAGCCUGUAGAGGGCCCUUACCUAGUGGAUAAUAAGUUGAAUGUGGGUCAACACUGAGGAUGGCUAUUUGCAUCCUGGGCUACAUUAGCAGGGCCAUAGCCGUUAGAUUAAGGAAGGGAUUGUUUCCCUUUAUUCAGUACUCGUGAGACCACAUCUGGAGCACCGUGUUCAGUGUUGAGCCCUCCAGCAGAAGAAAGAUAUUGCCAAACUGGAAGGAGCCCAGAGGAGGGCAGCCAGUGUUGUUAGGUGGCUGGAGCCCGUUCUGUCUGUGCCAGGGCUGAGGGAGCGGAGUUUGUUUAGCCCAGAGAAGAGAAGGCUUAAAGGAGGUCUUGCUGCUGGUUCUUCAUGAGUGGUUAUAGAGAGGGUAGCGUUAGGAUUUUCUCAUGGGCGCACAGCAAAGUGAUGAGAGGCAACAGACACAAAUCGCAGUAAGGGAAAUUCUAAUCAGAAUAAAAUAAAAACUUUUUCACUGUGAGAGUAAUCAAGCACUGGAACAGGGGCCCAGAGUGGGUGGUAAGGCAGUGCUCUAGAUGCUUCUGGGGUUAGCAGUAAAGAUGAUGGCAGAUUUUAAUUCAUGUUACACAUGAAGGCAUAGAUAUGAAAGUAAACUUAUAAAACAGUAACCAUUGUAUUUGAGGUAUUGCAUCUGAUAUUAAAAGGAUAUCUAACGUUAAAAAGACAAGUAGUAUUUUGCAAGGCUGCCAUAUGUGGCCAGGACUUGAAAUUUACCUGUUGAGGAUUUGGUGUUUGGAGAAAGUCAUAAACAAUUUAAAAUGUAGUAGGAGGCAGAGUGUAACUUUAAGUAAUCUUUAAAGCUGUAUAGUCACCGCAGGGUUUUGAAAUAUGUUUUUAUGCUGUAACUUAUGCUCCUUAUUGUUCUCUAGUUAGUAGGUGGAAUCAGGGGAGAAGUCCAGGCAUAACGAUCUGAUAAAAAUUAUAGUGUUGAAUCCUACUCCUAAAUCUUGCUUGGUCUCACAGGUUGUGUUUCUUGUCUUUCUUUGCUGUGGGUGUUUGCUGCUUGACAGGUUCUGAAAACUAGAAUGAGAAAAUACUUUCUCUUGUUCUCUCUCGCAUGCUUUCUCUCCUCCAUCCUUUCCCCCUAAUUCACCUCCACCUACCUGCUCUCACAUGCUUAAGAAAAACCAUGCACACGUGCAUGCACACAGGAAAUGCAUGAAGUGUGUGUCAUUAAAGCCGUGAGCUUAUAGAUCACUGAAGAUGAAACCAGCGGCUCUUCGCAGUGUGCUCAAGAACGUUCUGAAGAACGAAGAUUUUAAAGCCUGGAUUAGAGGAACAGGCGUGGAUCAUGAGAGCAAUGUCGCUGUCAGAAGAUCAGGUUUCUUCUCAUUGAAAGGAGUUAUCUUGAGCAAUGUGGGUAAAGGGAAAUUUCGAAACACAGCAAGGAUGUUCCUUUCCUUCUAUCAAGAUGGGAAAAAAAAAUUGAGACUGGGCGAUAAGUGAGAUGAGUUCUGCUCUGCUAUGUGCUUCAACUUCUCAUAGCAAAUAUUGAGUAAAAUUGGUCCUGCCUCCUUGUUUUCAUUGUCCUUAGGGUUCUGUUAGCAUUAGCAAAAUUAUCUGCUGAAUUUCAGUCAUUUGUUGCUUGUGAAAACAGAGGAAGAGUAAAGGAGUGAUAGACAUAUGUCUCUCUAGGCCUAGGAACUCUGCAGUCAUGCUGAGAUGAUAGAUAGCAAUGAAUCCUGUACUGCAGGACAGAUACCUGUGUCCUACUUUGCCUGCCUGGCUUACUUACUGAAAGAAUGGACUGGCGUGGACCAUAUUGAAGACUAUCUGAGUUACGCAGUCUACCUUUUAUGGGUGUUUUUUCCGCUCAUAAUAGUUUUUCUACUUCCGGGAGUUAUUCUCCUCUUCAUCUACGUUUCCGUUAUCUUUGUUCAUAUUUAUAAAAGGAAGAAUGAAUUAAAGGAAGCUUAUUCCAAUGAUUUUUGGGAUGGUGCAAAACAAAUGUUGGCUACGCUGUGGGAUGGACAUGCAAGAAUAUGGCAUGGUUAUGAGCUUCAUGGUAUAGAAAAUAUACCAGAAGGACCAGGGCUUAUUGUGUUUUAUCAUGGAGCAACUCCUGUUGACUAUAUUUAUUUCAUGGCUAAACUUACUAUACUACAGAAAAGAACCUGCCAUGUAGUAGCUGAUCAUUUCGUCUUUAAAUUACCAGGUUUUAAGUUAUUACUUGAUGUACUUGGAGUUAUGCAUGGACCAAAAGAAGAAUGUGUCAAUGCUCUGAAGAAGGGCCAUCUGGUAGCCAUUUCCCCAGGUGGAGUUCGGGAAGCACUCUUCAGUGAUGAGACAUAUGUUAUUAUAUGGGGUAAUCGAAAGGGCUUUGCUCAGGUGGCCAUUGAUGCAAAAGUGCCCAUCAUUCCUAUGUUUACACAAAAUGUUCGAGAAGGCAUUAGGACAUUAGGAGGAAUAAAAAUAUUUAGGUCACUAUAUGAGCAUCUGAGAUUGCCAGUAGUUCCUAUGUAUGGUGGAUUUCCAGUCAAGCUUCGUACAUUUAUUGGAGAUCCCAUUCCAUAUGAUCCAAAUGUAACUGCUGAGGAAUUAACUGCAAAGGCAAAAGCUGCAGUCCAGUCUCUAAUAGACAAACAUCAGAAAAUACCUGGAAAUGUAUUUAGGGCUUUAAUGGAACGGUUUCAGACACGACAGAAAGAAGAUUAAGGUGCUCUGAAUAAACUACUAUUUAGUUAUAAUAUUCUCAAAGUCAUACUUGUAACUUAUUAACUCUUCUAAUAACAGGUUUAAAAUACUGCCCUAAUGAUACUGCUGUAUAGUUUGUGAUGUAAGACACCUUCCUUUGCUCUUCCCCUUGUCCAACAUCAAGCUCAAGAGCCCAGACUUUAAAUCGUUCAUAAUGGGGCAAAACUUAAUUCUUGGCAAGUACAUUCCUAUCUUGAAAGUAUUUCUGUAAAAAUGACACAGCAAGUCUUAAUGUGUAUGGUCUCUCUCUCUCUCUUUCUCUCUUUCUCUCUCUCUCUCUCUCUCUCUUUCUUUCUCUCUCUCUCUCUCUCUUUCUCUCUCUCUCUCUUUCUUUCUUUCUCUCUCUCUCUUUUAAACCUGUGGUUGCUGUUUAACGUGAACGUUAGACCCUCUGUAGAGCUAGAGUCCUACUGUCUGGAGCAUCAUCACUAGAGUUGUUUUGCAUGCCAGGGUAAACUAUACCGCUCUUAUGAACACUUCCUUUAGGUAGUUACUGUUGAACUUCUGAAAAAUAUACUGCUGACAGUAGCAGUGAGCCUUCAGUGCAGAACCUCCAGCUAUACCUGUAAAACCUGGAAAAUACUUUGCAGUAACGUGGAAAGUUUUACUGAGUAUACUCAAAAAGAAUUCACAGCUGUGGAUUAGAGCUGUAGUGAACCAAGCAAAUUUGUUUCAGAAACUGCUCAGAGCAGUGAAUCAGAACCCUAUAGUGCAGUCGCUCUUUUAAGUAGAACCAUAUUGCAUGUUACUCCUGAGUAAAGAGUAUAUGUUAUCCCAUAUACUUCUUACUGAAUCCGUAAAUUCUCCUUUGACAAAAUGAACCAAGCAUUUGAACUUUUAAAAACAGAAAUAUGAGUCCCAUUUAGUACCAUGUGUUCAGAAUGCUUUAUUUUGAAGGAAAGAAAUGAAAAAUUAGCACAACUUGUAACACUUCUUUUUAGAACAGUGGUUCUUUUGAAAAACAGGGUAAACAUUCCCAAAUACCCUUUAAAUCUAGUAUAUAAUCUGCUAAAUAUCCAUGUGCUUCAAACAUAAUUUUUAUGUUAAGUUACUAUAUCAGGUUGAGAGGGAAAGCUUAUAUACUUUCCUUAAAUAAAAGCCAUUGAGGAGUUGCAACAGGAGGAGUUGCAGGGUCGGGCUUGUGUGCUCUCAUAGCAUAUUACGUUUUUUUCUGAACUAAAGCCUAUGCUUUUAUUGUCCAAAUAGGAGUAUCUGAAAUAUUUCCUCUGAUUGCCAGCAAGUUUAAUCUACAGUUUCUAAAUUAGCAUCUGGGAACUCUUUAGCUGUGGGAUGAGAUCAGAUUCCUUAAGGAAAGGCAACAGGCAUUUUUGCUUUAUUAUGUGAUCUCCUUUCAAUAGUGUUGAAUUUUUGACCUUUUCUUAACAGACAAAAACGGACAACAAUUUGUUUUUAAACAGCAAUUGUAUUCCAGUUGUUAUCUAUUCCUCCAAACACUUAAGCAUAUGCUUUGCCUUAUACUCCUUCAGUUGUGUAAUCCCAUGGAUUUUAAACAGUGGAUAUCCCAUGGAUAAGUGCAUGAGGAUGAUGCCCUAUGUUAGAAUAAAAUCACUGACUCGGAAAGAAUCUAUAAAUGAUGAUCUGCAAAACACCAAAAGUACACACAUUAAAUAGGUGAUUUUUUUUUUUAAUAUAUCAAAAGCAUUUUAUGUGGUGCUGGAUUAAAUGUUUUAAAGCUUGGGGAAAAAUCAUGUUAGGUAAAAAGAAAUGCCCAUUUCAGAGUUUUUUUUUUGUUUGUUUUUAAUGAUUUGGGUUUCACUUGAAGACAAGAUUAUGUCCUUUAAGUUAUUGGAAUAUAUUUCAAAAAUAUUAUGUUAACACAAAAUAUCAUUAAAACUGAGAAUGCUAAAAUGCUACAUCUGAGUACAACUUAAGUAUGACUUAGUUUUUACGGUCCAGCUUGAGGAAAGUGUAGAUCAGUCUAUACUGUGAAAUUCUCAAAGGCGACUAAACCAUACUUUAAUGUUGUGGUUGCAUAUAUGUAGAAGAAAACUCAAUUUAAAGGGUUCUAUUAGAUGUGAACAGACCUUUGUGAUCUUAGAUUUUGUAAAAUUUAUUUUACUAAAUUUGAGGGCCGUGUUUAAUGCAACUUUUGCCCCUUUAAGUACAAAGACAAGUAUCAAAAGUCAAGUGCAGUAUUGGUACUCUUUAGAUGUUCAUAUUUGUAUUUGUAUAGACCUUUCAUAUUUAUAUUUAAAAAUGUAUAGAAGACACCUUCCAAAUAAAAUUGACAACUAGAACAGGCUUCUGGGAUUGUGUUGUGUUUUUGAACUAAAUGAAAAUAUAGUGCUGUGCGCUGUUGAACUAUCAGCGCUUCUGAGCAAUAUGUAAUACCCUUGAGAAGCUUUUCUUGCCUAGAAGAAGCCCCAAGAGGAAUGAAUUAAAGGAAAAAUAAUUGAGACAGUAGUGAAGUAAUGGACAGAAGUCACAUAAAUGAUAUAUCUGAGUUUUAAUAGUUCUAGAGAGUGUCAAAGGAGGCCUUCUCAGGCACUGCAAUACUACUAAAGUUGUUCUUAAGAUUCCACACAGAAAGUAAAUAGCAAAAGUGAAAAAUUAAAAUGUAUUUGUACAGAUUUGGUGGGUGAGUGAUUAUCUACCUUGUUUCUUUGAAAAAGAGGGGAAGUCUGGAGAGAGGCUCUUACAAAUAAGCUUAUGGACCAGGCUUUUUUUUAGCUGGUUUCGUUUACUGCUUGUUAGGCAGAAAUGCUUAAAGGAAAUUUUAACAUCAGUAGACUAGAUAGCAAAUUAUGUCAUUAUGUAUUAUAUAAAGCCUUUGGAUUUACUGAAGACUGUCCAGGCUUGUCUUUCUCCUAUUUUAGCCUCUUCCAUGCAAACAGCAUAACUGGGACAUUCAUUUUUAGCUUGUUUGGAAAUAGAGGUAGACUACUGUGCCAACAGGUAUUUAGCAUUGCCUCUCAGCAAGACCCAAACCUCCUACUGGCCAGUUUACUGUCUUGUGCAAUAGCAGACCACAGUCCGAACAUCUGUUAUUAGGAUGUUUUUGUAUGAAAUUAGCCACCACAAAUGCAAGUUAGAGCAGGUUGUCAGCAUUGCCAACGCAGUUGUGCAGUUCAUCUAGUGUUGGGUUCGCUAUGCAAGUAUCCCAUUAUGUUUCUUCAUCCUAUUACUCUGAAGAGAAACAUGCAGAUAUGGUGACUUUUAACUCUUGCUAGCCCUACAGUGCUUAAUCCCUAUCAAGCUAGUCAUAUAUGCUGAAUUGCUUUUUGGAUGUUAUUUUUGCACCAAAAAAGAAAUAUGCCAAAGAUAAAUGUAGGGAUGUAUGGAACUGGUGCAUGAGUGUAAUAGCACAGAAAAUACAUGGUAAGCAAGAUAAUCCUCCAAAACGUUUCUACUAAAACUUCAUCAGACAAUCUGAUGGCACUUUUCUUAGUUCUGUUCGCUUCACUUUCUGUCUACUAAGGUCUUUACCAGCAACAAAGAUAAUGUGCUUCUGUGGUACAGAUCGGUGAUGCUAAUGCCUUUUUCUCUAGUUCAGAGGUAGCCAAAAUGAAUGGUGGUCUCAACACAAAUAACUUUUCUCAUCGUGGGUUAUUUGCAGUGUUUACUUGUUUGCUUUUUUGAAUAAAUUUGUUUUGCACAGA